AUGUUAGCUAGAUCAAAGCUCAUUAGCCAAAAGGUUUCUGCCAGAAACUUCCAAACUUCUACUAGAAGCUUGAACAAGAUUUUCGGAUCUCCACAAAGCGGUGUUUACUCAAACUUACCAUUCAAGGUCAAGGGUAGAAAGUUCAUUCCUUUCAGUUUCUACUUCUGGGGUGUCGCUGGUACAUUCUUUGCAUUCCCAUUCUUAAGUACUUACUGGCAUUUAAAGAAGGCUGGUUCAUUCAAUGAAUAA